AUGGCGGACUCUGCGUACUCAUUCAGUCUGACGACCUUCAAUCCGUCGGGCAAGCUGCUACAGAUCGAAUACGCGCUUAAUGCUGUCAACACUGGUGGCAAGACGUCGCUGGGCAUUCGAUGCAAAAACGGCGUCGUGAUCGCCACGGAGAAGAAGUUACCGACGAUUCUGGUAGAUGAGGAUUCGCACAAGAAGAUCGCAGUGUUGUCUGAGCCCGCUGGUAUUGUGUACAGCGGUCUAGGCCCUGAUUACCGCGUCCUGAUCCGCAAGGCUCGUAAGAAGGCGCAAACUUACUUCCAGAAGUACAAGGAGCACGCACCCGCCAGCAUUUUGGUGCAAGAAAUCGCGGCUGUCAUGCAGGAGUUCACGCAGUCCGGUGGCGUUCGCCCCUUUGGCGUGUCCAUCCUUUACGCGGGCUACGACGACGACGGCCCUCAGCUGUAUCAGAUUGACCCGUCGGGAGCGUAUUUCGGCUGGAAGGCAACAGCUAUUGGCAAGGAUUCGGUCAGUGCCAAGACGUUUUUGGAACGGCGUUACAACGACGAUUUGGAGAUUGAAGAUGCGAUCCACACGGCGCUACUGACGCUGCGUGAAGGGUUCGAAGGCGAGAUGGACGAGACCAACAUUGAAGUGGGCAUCAUCAAGGAGGACAAGAAGUUCCACGUGCUGACACCCGCUGAGGUGAAGGAUUACCUCGAGCAGGCGGAGUAA